AUGGUGAGUUCGAGAAAAUUUCAGAAAAAAAUGAAAGUGAAAAAAUUUCCAGAAUAAUGCACAAAGAAAAAACGAAAAAUUAUCGAAAAAUGUGAAAAGUUCAAGACGUAAAACGAAUAAAACACAAGCCAUUAGUCAACAAUCGGCGAGAAGAAAAAAAGGAUCACAAAAACCGGUGAGAAAAUUGAAAAGUUUGACUGAAAAUUUGGCUGAAAGUGAAGCAUUUUCAGCCAAAAUUCUGUGAAUUUUGAGGAUUUUGAGAUUGGAGAUACAGUUCACUUAUUGUUCUGUAUAAUUUGAAACUCUAACUUCAAAUUCUCUAAAUUCUUUAACUUAUUCCUCUAUAUUCAAAAAUUCCAGACAAAUCGAAAAACAGCUCGCGCACACAGUGUUCCAAGCACCAUACGAACUGCUCAAAACAACUCGAGUCUCUCCGAUGAAAAACUAAACCCAAAACAAGUGGUUCAUAUAAAAAGAGAUGCAGAUGUCGAUGAAAAUGCCGUGAAAACAUUCAUAGCAAAAUUCAACAAAACAAAACCGAACGCAAAUAAUCCACCAACUCGUCGAAAAUUAUCAAAUACCGAUUUAUUGACACUCGAUAUGGUCAAUAAAAAAACCACCAAACUUCCAAGUAAUAAUAAGAAAUCAACAUCGCCGGGUGGAAACAAGAAACCAAGCCAAGUUCAAAGCACAACAUCAGCCUCAACUAAUAAUCAAAAAGCUAUUGUGAAUUCACAUUCAACUGAUGAACCAUCGGAGGAAAAAGAUUGUGUUGAUGGAAAUUUUGGAGCAUUUUUUGGGGCUCAAAGUAUUGCUGAAGAGGAUCGAUAUGAUGAUGUGCCAAGAAUUGAGGAUGUUGUGAAAAUGCCGGAGGAAAAUGUGUUUUUGGUUGAGGGAGGACAACAGACAAAAUGGAUGGAAUAUAUUGAACCAACUGAGGGUGAUAUGGUGAGUAUCGGGUGAAAAAUGGAAUAAAUAAGGAGACAAAGAUUACUGUAUUUUGUUUGCACCAAAAUUGCCCCGAGAAAAUCUUCAAAAGUUUUGCAGACUGACGUAGAGCCUCCAUUUACUGUUGGCGGAGAGCAAAUCGAAAUGUAUCACGACAAAAAGUUCAAACUACAUUGUCCUCCCGAAACCAAGUAAGUUAGCCUAGUUUUCCACCUGAAUCUAACUUUUUUCAUAUCUUUUUUGGCACAAAAAAUCACAAAUUCCAUCUCUCAAUGUUUCUCUUUCAGACUUUUACUUGAUCAAUGGGAACAACGAAAAUAUUUGGCGAAACGCGACGACUUGUUUUUCACACCACCUUUGGUUUUCAGCAAUACUAUUCGGAGUUUGAUUAAUGUUGGAUGUGAGCCUGAAACAAGACUCAAAGCCCUCAAGCCCAUGUUUUUCAGCCAAAGAAACCGGAAAGGCGAUAACGACAAAAAAGAAGAAAAAUACGGAAAGCGAUGACCAAAUGUCGCCGACACAAAUCGAAGAGGAAAUGGAGAAUGUAAAAAUUGUUGGAGUGCCUGUGAAAAAGGUUUUUGUAUACGAGGUAUGGUUUGCUGUCUGUGUCUCUGCCCCUUAUAAUCUAACUCCGUCUGUCUCUAACCGUCUGAAAAUAUCCGAAAUUUCCAGCGCUCGGAUCCAAUUGCUUCAGCUUCCCGAAAAAUCGUGAAAUCCGAAAGAGAAUUCAAAUCAAAAAUGCCACUCGAACUAAUGUAUAAAUAUAUUUAA